AUGGCUUCCAAAGUCGAUCCCGAGAAGACCAAGCUCGACGAGGAGGAGACCCGAACAUGCGAAAUCGAAGAGGUGGCCCUGGUGGUGCCGGAGACCGACGACCCUUCACUUCCGGUGAUGACAUUCCGGACUUGGUUUCUAGGCAUCACCUCAUGCACCAUCCUCAUAUUCCUCAACACCUUCUUCAGCUACCGCACUCAGCCUCUCAUCAUUUCCGCCAUUCUCAUGCAAAUCGCUGUCUUGCCCAUCGGAAAGUUCAUGGCCAAAACUCUGCCAAACAAGGACUUCAAUCUCAUGGGCUUUAAGUUCAACUUGAACCCCGCUCCCUUCAACAUGAAGGAGCAUGUCGUCAUCACCAUCUUCGCCAAUUGUGGGGUCUCCGCUGGCGGAGGUGAUGCCUAUUCCACCGGUGCCAUCACCGUCAUGAAGGCCUAUUACCACCAGAGCUUGAGUUUUCUUUGCGGCCUCUUCAUCGUCUUGACAUCUCAGAUGAUUGGGUAUGGAUGGGCUGGAUUGCUUAGGAGGUACCUGGUUGACCCCGUUGAAAUGUGGUGGCCUGCAAACCUCGCUCAGGUUUCUCUGUUUAGGGCACUCCAUGAGAAGGAGCAUAAAGCAAAAGGCAUGACACGAAUGAAAUUUUUCCUGAUUGCCUUUGCAGCCAGCUUUUUCUAUUAUUUUCUCCCUGGCUAUCUUUUCCCAAUCUUGACAUUCUUCUCAUGGGUCUGCUGGGCUUGGCCACACAGCAUCACUGCUCAGCAAAUCGGCUCAGGUUACAAGGGACUUGGGAUUGGUGCCUUCACCCUUGAUUGGGCUGGCAUUUCUGCUUAUCACGGCAGCCCCCUUGUCACACCUUGGAUUUCCAUUGUCAAUGUCGGAGUUGGUUUUAUCAUCUUCAUCUACAUAAUUCUCCCUCUGUGCUACUGGAAGUAUGACACUUUUGAUGCUCGAAAGUUCCCUAUAUUUUCCAACCAGCUGUUCACCAAUAAAGGCCUUAAAUAUGACACUACCAAGAUCACAACGCCACAAUUAGAGCUUGACAUUGCAGCUUAUGAUAAUUAUGGGAAGCUCUAUCUUAGCCCUCUGUUCGCUUUGUCCAUUGGAUCAGGAUUUGCAAGAUUUUCAGCGACCCUCAUUCACGUGGCACUUUUUCAUGGCGGUGCUAUUUUGAAGCAAAGCAAAUCAGCAGUGAAUAAUGCAAAAAUGGAUAUCCAUGAAAAACUGAUGCAAAGCUACAAGCAUGUGCCUGAAUGGUGGUUCCUCAUCAUACUAUUUUUUAGCGUUGCCCUCUCCCUGCUCAUGUCUUUUUUAUGGAGAGAAAGUGUGCAGCUGCCGUGGUGGGGAAUGAUCUUCGCAUUUAUUUUGUCUUUCAUUGUCACCCUCCCAGUUGGGGUCAUUCAGGCAACUACCAACCAACAACCUGGAUUCGACAUUAUAGCACAGUUCAUGAUUGGUUAUGUGCUCCCAGGAAAACCUAUAGCAAACCUGCUUUUCAAAAUAUAUGGAAGAAUCAGCACUGUCCAUGCGCUCUCUUUCUUGUCUGACCUUAAACUCGGGGUCUAUAUGAAGAUUCCGCCUCGGUGCAUGUACACAGCUCAGUUGGUGGGAACUCUGGUUUCUGGUAUUGUGAACCUUGCAGUUGCUUGGUGGAUGUUGGAGGGCAUUCAGAACAUAUGUGACACUGAUGUACUCCCCCCUGACAGUCCAUGGACUUGUCCUAAAUACAGAGUCACCUUUGAUGCUUCUGUUAUAUGGGGCCUGAUUGGACCAAGGCGACUGUUUGGACCUGGAGGACUGUAUAGGAACUUAGUAUGGCUAUUUCUCGUCGGAGCCCUCUUGCCGGUUCCUAUUUAUGUUCUGAGCAAAAUCUUCCCUGACAAGAAAUGGAUUCCGCUGAUCAACAUGCCGGUCAUUCUUUACGGUUUUGCUGGCAUGCCACCGGCAACUCCCACCAACAUAGCAAGCUGGCUCAUUACUGGAGCUAUCUUCAACUAUUUCCUCUUCCGAUACCACAAGCGCUGGUGGCAGAAGUACAACUAUGUUCUAUCUGCAGCAUUGGAUGCCGGCACAGCUUUCAUGGGUGUCCUAAUCUUCUUUGCGCUGCAGAACAACAACAUUCUUGUUCAUUGGUGGGGGAGUGAACUUGAUCAUUGCCCUUUGGCAUCAUGCCCUACUGCACCGGGCAUUACAGUCAAAGGCUGUCCUGUUUUUUAGUAGCUGUAGAUAGAUCAAGUAGUGGAACAUAGGCAUAAGUGAUUGAAUCUUCAAAGCUGAGGGAAGGAAAGUUGUAGUUUACUUGCAUACUCUAGCAAAAGGGAAAAGGAUGGUCUCCUACUUUGAUAUUCAACAGAUGAAGUUUCUCAUUUAGAGGAAAUGAAUUGCUAUUCUGAUUUC